UGCUGGAAAGGGCAGGCUUUCAUUCAGCAGAGAAACAUGUGCACUUCUCCCCAUAUUCAGUUUCUGUAAACCUGGGGCUGUGAACAGUAUUGAUCACUGGCUCUCAAUGAGAGGAUUAACAGGAAUUCACACAAGGGCUUGGACGCUUACCGGUGCACAAUUGGAACUUGGUACUGCUGCAUAAUGGGUUACAAAGCGACAUCCAUGCAUUGUGUCUUAAGAUGCCUGUGCUUCAUGCUUCUCCAUUUGUUUAGUGCAGCUCAAGAUGAAGACAUAAGAAGUUGUAGGACCGCACCUUGUGAUUUGGUCUUUAUUCUAGAUGGCUCAUGGAGUGUUGAAGACGUCAAUUUUGAAUUAGUGAAGCGAUGGCUUGUCAAUAUAACGACAAGCUUCAACAUCGGACAGAAGUUUACCCAGGUUGGAGUCGUCCAGUACAGCGAUGACCCUGUUUUAGAAAUACCUCUGGGGAAGUACUCCUCUAACAAAGACCUCAUCAAAGCGAUGGAGUCCAUUGAGUACAUGGGGGGAAACACAAGGACAGGCACAGCCAUUAAGUUUGCUACAGAAAAACUGUUUGGCCUCUCUGAGCGUGGCCCACAAGGCAUUUCCAGAAUUGCUGUUGUCCUCACAGAUGGGAAGUCUCAAGAUGAGGUUUUGAAAGCAGCAGAGGCAGCAAGGAAAAAAGGAGUAAUUCUGUUUGCAAUUGGUGUUGGGUCAGAGACAGAAGAGGCCGAGUUGAGGGACAUUGCGAACAGGCCAUUUUCAACUUACGUCUUCUCUGUCGAGGACUACAAAGCUAUUUCCAAGAUCAUACAGGUCAUACGACAGAAACUGUGCGAAGAGACUGUUUGCCCGGCAAGAAUUUCUGUCGAUUCCCGUGAUGAGAAGGGUUUUGAUAUUCUGUUACAUUUAAACUUGGCCAAAAAAGCAAGGAAGACACAAGGGGCGUAUUACGGCUCGAGGGCCUACGAAGUGACGUCUCGUGAUGACUUGAGUGCAACUACACGCACUCUGUUCCCGGAUGGCCUGCCUCCAUCGUACGUUUUCGUGGCCACACUGAGGUAUAAAGGAUCUGUAGCGAUUGAAGAGUGGGACCUGUGGAGAGUACAGACGCGUGAUGGGAAACCGCAGAUGGCGGUGACUCUAAAUGGGAUGGACAACACCGUCAUGUUCACCACAACCAGUGAAGCGCCGAGUGGAACGCAAACGGUUACAUUCUCACAGCAGACAGCCAGGCUGUUUGACGAGAAAUGGCACCAGCUGCGGCUGCUGGUCACGGAGGAGGAUGUUACUCUUUAUGUCGAUGACCUGGAAAUAGAAACCCUAUCCUUGGACCCCCCUGUUGGCAUUUUCAUCAAUGGAAAAACCCAAAUUGGAAAAUAUGUGAAAAAGGAAACAACAGUGCCAUUUGAAAUUCAGAAACUCCGUAUCUACUGUGACCCCGAGCAGAAUAACCGAGAGACUGCAUGUGAAAUACCUGGAGUUUGCUCCAACAGUCCUGAUUACACUGAACCCACCCAAGAACCAUGUGUUUGUCCUCCCGGACCCCCUGGACUUCCAGGAAUGAAGGGAGAACAAGGAAACACGGGCAACCCCGGUCAGCCUGGACCUACUGGUGCUGAUGGUAAGCCUGGUAUCCCUGGCGUUAGAGGGAGUCCAGGGCUGCCGGGUCCACCAGGAGUAGAGGGGCUGCGAGGGCCAGACGGGUACAAAGGGGAGCAAGGGAGGCCCGGUGUUUCGGGGGAGAGGGGAAUGCCUGGAUUACCAGGACCGCAUGGACAACCAGGAGAGAAGGGCUCUACAGGAUCCCCAGGAACUACAGGGUUACCUGGGAAAACUGGCCAAGUGGGGGAAAAAGGAAGUUUAGGACCUCCUGGGCCUCCUGGUUAUCAAGGAAAAUCUGGCCCACCUGGCAGAGAUGGAAAGGAUGGAUUUCCGGGGGGACCUGGUCAAAAGGGAGAAGCAGGGGCCAGUGGCAUUCCUGGCACCGAUGGAAGGGAAGGCCAUCCUGGUUUACCUGGAUUACCGGGAACCACAGGCCUGGAUGGACAAAAGGGGGAAGUUGGUGCGCCUGGACCAAGGGGCUUCACAGGAUCGACUGGAUCGCCUGGUGAGAUGGGUUUACCUGGUGCACCUGGUUCAAAAGGACAAAUUGGACCCAAGGGGAAUAAGGGUGAAAGUGGAAGUCCAGGUACACGAGGAACACCAGGGCCUGCGGGGAGUGCAGGGGAACCAGGGAGCGCAGGUCAGCCGGGGCACCCAGGCAUACCAGGCAUGAAGGGCACCAAGGGACAAAGGGGAAAUCCAGGUGAAAGCGGAGAGAUGGGAUUGAGAGGAGAAAAAGGAGAGCCUGGUCGGCCAGGGAAUCAUGGUUCCACUGGUUCAACAGGACUAAAAGGAGAGAAAGGGACAGCAGGGGAUCUGGGGCAAAGAGGUCAAGAGGGUCAAGCGGGACGGCCUGGACAGCCUGGUCAGUCAGGCCCAACUGGCCCCCGAGGGCUGCAGGGGGACACUGGUCUACCUGGUCCACCUGGACCUGAAGGAAGAUCUGCAAGUGAAAUGUCAGACAAUCACAUUCGGCAAAUUUGCAGAGACAUUCUUCAGACUGAGCUGCCUUUAUUGUUGCUGAGCAACCAGCAGAGUAGCUGCACCAGGUGCCAAAGCCGGACUGGAUCUCCCGGCCUUCCGGGUCCAGCUGGGCCCCAGGGACUAAGGGGUCUUCCUGGACUUAGUGGCUCCAGGGGACAGCCAGGCCACCCUGGUCGACCAGGGCACCCUGGUGUGAACGGGCUCAAAGGAGAACCAGGUUUCCAGGGUGAGAAGGGGAGCCCUGGUCGAACCAUGAUUGGAGACCAAGGGCCACCUGGGCCUCCAGGUCCAAUGGGUCCCCAGGGGUACAGUAAACCAGGUCCUCCAGGUAAGCCUGGCCAGCCUGGUGUAAAUGGAGCAGAGGGUAAAAGUGGUAAUCCUGGCAUCCCUGGCCAGCCUGGGGUGUGUGAUCCAUCCAUGUGCUAUGGUAGCAUGAUGAGGAGGGAUUCUUACAGCAAAGGGCCAAACUAUUGAUGUAAUGCAGCGCCACUGCAGGCACCAGUCUAGAGCUGAUGUGGAACAAACAGCCAUUCUCAGGAAGAUCUCAUCUUUACAGUUGUCUCUGUCGUGGAAACAAAACGGACCUCUUCUAACACCUUGUAUGUGAUCUCAGACAGUCAACAGAACUAGAUCCUUUCACAUUUUCUCCAUUGGUAGUCUGUAUUAUUAUUCAGAUGUCUUUGAACAUGCUUUGAGGUUUUAAUGGCGUUAAGAGAAUUAGAAAUUGGCUCCGUUUAAUACCUCUAGUCUGAUCACCUUGAGCUCAUGUACUACAUCUAUGUCUGGGUCUCCCUCUGGACAGUACAGCUGGUACAUUUUCCCGUAUUGCCGUUUGGUGUUGCUUUGUUGCAUGUUGCUGUCUAAAUCUUCACAGCACAUUGAGUGGGUGCUAAAUCUAAACUUUAAAAAAAAAAAAAAACACAACUUCUAUAAUCUAUACAUUCCAUCUUCAGUGAUUUCACCAUAAAUUAUGUCAGGAAUUGGCAUGUUUCAGCACAAAACUGUGAGUUUGAUUUCCUGUAGCUGAUUAUGAGCUGCUGUAAGCCUGUGUUCCUAAAACAUCCAGUUUGACUGUUAAGCACUUAACUCUUUAUGAAAACCUUUUACAACAGUGUAUCAUCCAAGAUAAAUGAAUACCCCCCACUCCCCAUUACAUACAAUACCAGUUCAUUCACGUGUCAUUUUAUUCCAAUUUAGAAGAAAAAUGUUUAAAGUUUCGCCAUCUAAGAACAUGCUGACAUUUUAGUUUGAAAUUUUGUCAUCUAUGUUCCAGACGCUUACCUUUCAUUACUGUAGCAGGUAUUUUAUUGUUAUUUAUGAAAGAGUCAUAGCUGUGUAUUUCAGCAGUGACAUGUCUUAAGCAUCAUUGUAAUUUUAUUUUGUGUUUAGGUGACUUUUGUAUGAAACUUUCAAUCUUUUUUUCUUUCUUUUUUGUUUUUUUUUUUUUUUUUUACUAGAAUUAAAACAUCUUAAUGAUUUGUGAACUCAGUUUGUCCUCUGCUUUGGGUUUUAAGUUUCAAGUUUAUUUCAGGACAUCAUCACAUCAUCAAUAUCAUCUCUCUCUCUCUCUCUCUCUCCUGGAAAUUUUGGGGUGUGGUGUGUGCUGUGAGAUGUUUUCCAUUUUGACUGCAGCAUCAAAAAAGGAUGAAGUGUGAUGGCUGUGGAACAAAAAGAAAGAGAGAGAGGGAGAGAGAUCAUCACCUGGGUCUUCAACUAAGGACACCGCAUUAGGAAACUUGGAUACAAGUGCAGAAAGUUUGUGUGGGCGGUGUGUGUGUGUGUGUGUGUGUGUGUGUGUGUGUGUGUGUGUGUGUGUGAGAGAGAGAGAGAGAGAGAGAGAGAGAGAGAGACUUAGGUAGUGGGUUUGUACACUAGAUGGCGCCAUGUGGUAAUACUCAGGAUGUCUAGGAGUUACUUUACCUAAGUAGGAGCUUCAUUUUUUUUUUUCACUUUGGACAGCAGCCACCCAUCACAUGGAAACCUCUGAUUAUUUAUGUUUUUAAUUAUCCCAGUACACUUCAACACACUGUUUACUUCAUGCUCCUCUGUCAAUGGAGCUUUCUGCAUAAAGGCUAUUUGCCUUGAAUGAACUUUUAUAUACUCAAAGUAAGUUUUUGCUCUGUGGGGAGUUUAUGUAGCCUAAUUAUAAAGAUGGAAAUCAUGGGAGGAUGUAGAGACAUGCAACGGGAAUGUGGUUCCUCAUACUGAUUUUACAUUAUCCUUAUCAAUCUUUGUGGUGUUUUUAUCUCCACCCUUCUCCGUUGGGAUUGUACUGUACAGCACAUUGCAAGCAGGCCCACAUGUUUGUUAUUGUAUUUAAUAAACUAUAUUUUACAGCA